AUGGCAGAUCUGCAUCCGGGAAGGACGAGGAGAUUCAAAGUCUGAAUGGGAAGGGCACUGGUGAGCUCAGCUUGAAGUAAUUGUUCUGACUCAAGGGUGUGCUUCGCCACGUUCGGGCUCAGGUUCGGGCUGAUUCGGGCUGACUUCACGUUCGGGCGAAGUCGGUCAACUUUUCGCUGACGUGUCGCCUCGGUCCACUCCCUGCAGCCAGAAAGUACGUCGAUGGGGAUGGCAUGUACGUACGAAAAGACAAAGGCGAUAUGAUACUGUGUGAGUAUACUUGCAAGCCCGGGCAAACUGACAAAGUCUCUUACAUUCGACUCUGCGUAGGCGCCGGCAAUUUCAACAAGCAGAAUCCGACCACCGACUAG